GCGAAACUAUCAGACGCACUUGGACACAUUAUUAUUAAUGUUUACAUCGGUACGGCUGUAGCACAUUCCUUCCGCAAUCAAGCCACUAUGUUUUCCAUAUUUACAAAGAUAAAGGAACGCGUCGAGGCUUUUUUAAACGAGAAGAAUUUUUUCACAGACUGUCUCAAUAAGAUCGAAGAAAAAACGGGUAUUAGGAAACGUUACCUGGCAGCCGGUGCUGUCUCCGUGACGGGAGCAUAUUUAUUAUUUGGCUAUGGCGCCUCUCUGCUCUGCAAUUUAAUUGGUUUUGUUUAUCCAGCAUAUUUCUCAAUAAAAGCCAUAGAAAGUCCAGGUAAAGAGGAUGACACACAAUGGCUGACAUAUUGGGUAAUCUACGGCUUUUUCAGCAUAGGUGAAUUCUUCUCUGACAUUUUUCUCUACUGGUUUCCAUUCUACUACAUAUGUAAGUGCCUGUUCCUUCUGUGGUGCAUGGCUCCAGUCUCCUGGAAUGGUUCUCAGAUUCUGUACAGGCAUGCGGUGCGCCCAUUUUUCCUGAAGCAUGAAGUUAAAGUAGACGGGAUGGUCAAUGAUCUGAGCGGGAAGGCCAUGUCAGCAGCUGAGAAUGUCACCAGAGAAGUUCUUCAAACUCUGGUGAGAAACAGAACUAUUGGCCCUGCCAUGCCUGAAGCCAAACAACUGCCCAGUUCAACUCCUACUGAACCCACUGUUGACUAAAAGGCCGACUGCACUCAUGCAAAGUCUCAGUUAUGUGAGGAGAAGAAUCACAUGACAACAAGUUAAAGGAGCGGCAUCCUCAAGAAAGACUUCAGAUGGAUUAAAAUCUGACAUGACAGCACUGAGGACCUCAAUUAAUUAUCAUUUUGAAUUAUUAUGUGAAUUAUAAUUUAUCUUAUUUUCCUAAUGAUCAUGGUUAUCAGACAGUCAGUGUCAGGAGUUUUGGAUGUUAUAGCCUAAUAAUCUAAAAUAUUUGUUCCUCCUUCAAAGCUAGAGUAUUUACAGCAGUCAUCCUAUAUGUAUUUGUCCAGAAAGUCUUCAGCAUUUUUAUUUACAAAUGACACUUUUCAAUCAAAUUGCAAUAGGCCAUUCAACAGACCAGGUUUUAUUUAUUAUAUUCUUUGUAGUAAUAACAUAUUGCAUGUGUCAGGUCUAUUUAUUUUGAAAUCAUAAUUUUAAUUAGAUAAAAAUGUAAAGUUUACAAACUUUCA